AUGACCAUGACCGAGUCGAAGCGCGCCAAGACCGCCAUGACCGAGUCGAAGCGCGCCAAGGCGAACACAGGACGAUGGCUGCUGCCGCCGAUCGUCCUCCAGGUCGUCCACUACCUCGAUGAAGCUAGCGACGUCUUGGCCUGUCUACAUGCGGUGCCAAGUGACGCUCGGGACGAGGCUCUCGAUGCGCUUGUGACGCUUCUGGCACAGGACGGCUUCCUGUGGCCGGUGGCGGAAGUGGACGCCUUGGCAAAGAUGGACAAGGUGUCUGUGCUCAAGGCGCUACCAGCAUUCUGCAAGCUUGUGGUCAACGAGGACUGCCCUCGAGUCGGCGAUUUUUGCCGCUGCACGCCGCUUCCGCCAACCGCCAAUGUCUGCGCAGCUGUCGACAACGUGCACGAUCUCGAAUCCAAGCUUGGCAGCUGGGUGCCAAGCAUUGUGCGCCUCGUUUUCAGCGCCGAGUCCAUUUCGCUCGACAGGCACGACCUUGCCCGCGCCCUUGCUGCGUGUACGAAGCUCCAGGAGCUCUACAUCGAUUGGAACGAUGCCGUUGAUCAAGCGCAGCUGAACGACGUCAUGGCGGCCGUCGCUGCAUCGUGCCCGCGCCUUGCCCAUUUGCGCGUCUUUUCCAAGACGGUUGUGCGUCUACAGUGCUGCAAAAGCCUCGUCGCGUGGCUGUCUCUACCGCAUGCUCGCGUGUUCAAGCUCUUCGGCAUCGACUUUGCGCCGCCCGCCGCCAAGACCUUGGCACACACUCUUUUCACGUCAACGACGCUUCGAACGAUCAAGCUGCUUGGCGCUUCAAACGUCCUUGAAGCGUUUUUGAAUCCGAGCUACCCGCCACUGCCCCGACAACUGCGCAACGUGUCGAUGCACCGACACUUGUAG